UGGAGCCUUGUUGAGUAAUAGCACACGUGAGUACGGUACUUUUGCAGUGGCACCUUUUACACACUAUCAAAUUUCAAUCCCUGCAAUUCCACUAACUUCAUCAUUCACUUGCUUCUAACUUUGUUCAAGAAAUUAAUUAGCAAAAAAAAAAAACUUUGUUCAAGAAAUUGUUGCUGCUCCUUUCUCCUUCUUUCUCUUGCCCUGUUUCUUCCCAUUCUCUCUUAGUAUUCAUUUCAUUGCAGCUUCAUUCACCUUUUUCCUACUACAUCUUUGUUUUCGUUAGCAAUUUUUUAAGUCCCUGCAUCAUUCACUUGCUUCUAACUUUCAUAUUCAAGAAAUUCUCCUUUCUCCAGCCCUAUUUCUUCCUAUUCUCUCUUGGUAUUCAUUUCAUUGCAUCUUCAUCACCUUUUUCUUCUACAUCUUUGUUUUUUUCUUAAAUUCAAGCCAAAAUUAAUAAAAAAGGGGUUGAAAAGCAAGGAUAAUUAUGGUUGGUCUAUCUGACAUUCCCUGUGUGGGAAAGAACGUGGACAGGAUAUCCGAUGCAGCAGUUGACGCACUAUUUCGCGGAUUCAGUUAUAUGUUUUCUUACAAGAAUCAUGUUCAGGUUCUUGAAACCGAAAUUCAGAAACUUGACGCUGAGAUGGAUCGGAUGUCCAGAAAAGUCAGGGAAGAAAAAGAUAAUGGUAAAAUGAUCGUUGAUGGCGUGAGUACAUGGCAGGCAGAUGUAGAAGAAGUCAAGAAGAGUGCUGAAGAAAUUUUAGAAAAAUACAAAAACAGAUCUUCAUGGAGGUGCAUUCAGUGGAUGCCUAUUCCUAAACCAGUCUCCCGAUCCCGAUUGGGUCGGGAGGCAGCACACAAGGCCAAGAGAGUAAUUGAACUCUCUGAUUCUGCAAACAAUCUCUUGGCUAAUGGAAUUGCAUAUGGUUCUCCUGCUGAAAAUGCACCAAACACUGUAUAUCAGACUUUCAAAUCCAGAAGUGAUGCUUAUGACAAGCUAUGGAAAGCGCUUGUAAGUGAAGGUGGUUCUACUGUUCUUGGCAUCUAUGGAAUGCCUGGAGUUGGGAAGACGACAAUGAUGGAGAGUCUAUGGAAGGAAGCCCUUGAGAAAAAAAUCUUCGACAAGGUAACUCGGGCAGAUGUGGGCAAUGAAGACUUGGAUGUAUUUAAAUUGCAAAAACAAAUCGCGGACCAUCUGGAUUGCCAUUUAAAUCCGGAAGAUGAUGAGCAACACAGAGCUUCUCAACUGAAAAAGAGAUUAACGAAUGGAGAGAAGAUCCUCAUUAUACUAGACGAUGUAUGGAAGGAGAUCCCGUUGCAUCGUAUUGGAAUUUCAUUGGGCGAUGGUGAUAGUUCCACUCAUCGUAAGAUCCUUUUGACAUCCCGGAAGAAAAGAGUAUGCAUGGAUAACAAGUGCCUGCAUCCGGUAAAGAUUGCACCUCUUGGACCUGAAGAAGCAUGGCAAAUGUUCAGGAACACUGUUGUUCCUGAUAACAUUUACCUUCUUCCAGACGAAUCCCUGGCACUGGAGGUGUGCAACCAAUGUGGGGGAUUACCACUCCUAAUUCACGCGGUUGGUAAAGCUCUGCAAUUCACAUCUCCUGAUGUAUGGAAGGAUGCACUAAAUCAACUCGUGAUGGGCAACUUUGAAAAAAUUGCUGAUAUAGAUUCGAAUGUAUAUGCCUGUGUCAAACUGAGUUUUGAUAGAUUACCCGACGAUGCCAAGUCGUGUCUUGUUUUGUGUUCCUUGUAUCCAGAAGAUGCUAGCAUUUAUAUCAAUAAGCUGAUCCCGCUAGCAACAGGGUCACGGCUGGUACGCGGUGGAGAAGCUAGAAUACGUUCGAUGGUAGAGAUUCUCAGAUCAUCUUCCCUGUUGCUGGACUCUGAAGAUCAUAUAAUAAAAGUGCAUGACCUCAUCAGAGAUGUAGCUAGAUCCAUAGCCGUCAAAGACCCGAAAUAUUCGUUUUCACUUGUAAGAUGUGGCUCGCUGUUGCCUGAUGAUGUUGACUAUCAUACUCGGAAAUUCUUACGUCUGCAUCUAGAAAAGAAUGAUAUUCUCUUUCCUGAUGGUCUGGUGUGCCAAGACCUGCAUAACUUGUGGCUACAAUGCAACAAACAUGCACAACAAUUCUUAGGUGACUUCUUUGGUAUGUUUGUGAAUCUCAGAUUUCUACUGAUUGAAGAUAUGUUGUUUUCUUUAGAGCCACAGUUCUCUCUACGGCCCUUGGUUAAUCUCAGGACCUUGAUAUUAGAUGGUUGUGAGAUUACUCAUGUUUCCCAAACAAAUGCUAGUUUUUUCCCAGAAAACCUGGUAGCUCUAUACAUUUGGAAUUGCGAUCUCCCACGGCCACUGAAUUUACCAAUCCUGAAACAUCUUAGAAAGCUCGAAAUCCAAGGGUGGAGGAGCAAUAAUAUCCAAAUGGUGCCAAAUACUGUAUCCAGUAUGCCCAGUCUACAGGAAUUGCACAUACCAGGUGGAUACAAGAUUCAAGAUGAUGGAUGUGGAAAAAGUUUGGAUGCUGUUUCGGCACCAAUAUUGGGGGAGAUUAGUAAGUUGACUGGGCUGAAAAGUUUGCAGAUGUUCUUUUUCAGCAAUUCCGAGCAUUUUCAAGAUACAAAUAUAUUUGGUAAUUUACUUCAAUAUAAUAUAUCAGUGGGUGCAAAGCCGCAUGAUCGUCCUCUUAUAGAAUCCAGUGUUUCUAUCAAGAGAUUGAUUGAGCUGCAGGGUAGUGGUUUAGAAAGCUUAAAAGGUCUGAUUGAGAGGGCUGAAGAAGUAUCAUUGGAUUGCACCGACAUUCAUGUGGGUAGCAUAUACAAUAGCAACAGGGAAGCAUUUACAGAUUUGAAAAACUUGUACAUUAGAAAUUGUAACACUAUAGAAUAUCUUGCAAGGAUAUCAUGUGGUGAGAUUCAACAUUCAAGGUCUUUCGCAAAUCUCGGCGUCUUGGAAAUCAAAGAUUGUUCAGCAUUGAAAUACCUCUUCAGCAAAUCCGUUGCAAAAUGUCUCGUGCAACUGCAGGAGUUAGCCAUUGUAAGAUGUCCUGUGAUGGAAGCAAUUUUAAUGAAUGAAGGCACAAGUGAUAGAGAUGGCGUCAUCAGCUUCUGCAAAUUGAAGUUUUUAUCAAUAUAUAAUAUUCCGAGACUCAAAAGCUUCUGCAUGCAAAAUAAAGAUCUGCACUCCGGAUCAACAACACACAACUCCGCUAUCUCGAACAUUCAAGCUCAACCCCUAUUUGAUAAAACGGUUGCAUUCCCUUCCUUGGAGGUAUUAACCCUGGAGGGUUCUGGAGAUACAGUAUAUGAUAUUUGGGGAAAUAGUGAAUAUGACAAAGUCGGAUCCUCCUUUCACAAAUUAAAGAUAAUCUCCUUAUAUUGGUGCAAGAAAUUGGAAAGAGUGAUCCCUCUUGCCAUGUCGAAUAACCUAAGGAAUCUGGAAUCUUUGACAGUUUGGAAUUGCCCGGGCCUGAAAAACGUAUUUCAACAUUCCUCUGUGGCCAGAGAUCUUAUCCACCUCAAGAAGAUAGAGAUAUAUCAUUGUCAUAGGUUGAGAAACGUGUUCCAACAUUCUUCUAUGGUCAGAGAUCUUAUCAACCUUCAGAAAUUGAACAUAUCACAUUGUGAAAUGAUGAGAGUGAUAAUUGAUGGGAAAGAAGAGGAGGAGGACGAAGCAGGAGGAGAAGAAGAGGAGGAGGAAGCAGGAGAGGAAGAGGAAGAAGAGGAGGAGGAAGCAGGAGAGGAAAAAGAGGAAGCGGGAGAGGAGGAAGAAGAAGAAAUUACUGAUGAUAAACAUGUCACCAUCGUCUUCCCCAAGUUAACUACUCUGCAUUUAGAUGGUUUGCAAUGUUUGACCAGCUUUUUAUGUUACCGGAGUGGGGAAGCUAAUCCAAAGAUUCAAUUUCCAUACUUGGUGGAUUUUAAACUCAAUCACUGUGGAAGUUUUAACUAUGAUGUGAUGGAGUUGUGCGGAGAUGAUUCCAAUUGUAAAUUAAGGACGAUAGAAAUGACUUAUCAUCGAAAGAUACAAUUAUCAAGUAAAUGGUAUUCCAGAUUAUAUAAUCUUGAAAGUUUGACAUUGAUACACUAUCACUGGUGGCCUCAGCUGAAAUUUCAAUGCUUCAAAAGAUUAAAGGUGCUUAAAGUCGAAAAAUCUGGAUGCUCUACUCUUUUCUCAUUCUCAGCCUUUGAGAGUCUAGGACUACUACAAAAGUUAGAGAUAAAAGGCUGUGCUUUACUGGAGGAUAUUGUGGAGGAUGUAAGAAGUGAAAAACAUUGUGGCACAAAUAAGAGGACUGUUACACUCUCCCGGCUCAUAUCAGUUUCUCUCAAAAAUUUGCCAAACCUCAAAAGUUUUUUCCACAGUGGAAAUUACGAGUGCCAUAUGCCGGCUUUAGAAGUUGUUCAAGUUGAUAAUUGUGGAAUCUCUACUCUUUUCACGUGUUCUGUCUUCAGAACUGUCCACCAACUCAAAGAGUUAAAAGUAUAUAAUUGCGAAUUGUUGGAAGACAUUGUUGAGGCUACAAGGGGCGCUGAACCGUUAAACACAGAUGACAGACUUAUCACAACCCCUCAACUCUCAGUGGUUGCACUUAAAGAUUGUCCAAACCUCAAAAAUUUCAGUAGCAAUUCAAGUUACGCCUUCAAUAUGCCCAAUUUAUCCAUCUUUUUUGUAAUCGGGUGUCCCCAGAUAGAAUAUUUUACUUCUUUGAAAACAACUACACCACUGGUAUCUGUUUAUAGUGACUGGCACAAGUGGGUGAGAUCUCCAGACCUGAACGACUACAUAAGAGAAAAUUGCAAAAGAAAAGAUGAUUCAAGUAGCAGUGCUGGAGAAGUGAGCAAUAGUAAUCAAGAACCAGAAACAGAUCCAGUGAUGUUUGGCGAGCAGCAGCUUCAGGAGACAGAGGAGAAUGCUCAACAGCAACAAAGCAGUCAAGAGCACAUGGGCUCUCCAGUGGUUCUCCAUUAAGAUUUGUCAUUUGUUGGUAGAGCUGUUCACGAACCGAGCCGAGCCGAGUUUUGACCGAACCGAGCCGAGCUUUAAUUUUUUUUCUGACAAGCCGAGCCGAGCCGAGCUUUUUAAUCGAACAAAAAUUGUGUUCAAGCUCGGCUCGUUAACUAACAAGCCGAACACGAGCUUGUUCGCGAACAAAUACGAGCCGAGCCGAGUCGAGUCGAGCCGAGCCAGAAAAAAAAUAAGGACAAACCGCUAGUUGACUCUUAAAAUAGCUAACCUAAUAAUUUCAAUUUUUUUUGAAACUUUGUUUAUAUCACUAAAAUGUAUAUAUGUUAACAUCUAUACAGUUGGAUCGGUAAAAAAUAUUUUUUAAAAUAUUGAAACACUAAAUUAGGAUUAAACACUAGUUAGCGGUACUAGUCAAACUUCUACUUGCCUGUUAAAAACCAAAUAAAAUUAUUAUUUCCUAAAAUUUUGUUUACAUCACUAAUAUAUAUAUAUAUAUAUAUAUAUAUAUAUAUAUAUAUAUAUUAUGUUGAAUUCUCAGUCCAAUAACAUAUAUAAAUUAUAAAAAAACCCCGAAAAUAUUACAUUUUUUCGAGCUUUAACGAGCCGAACUCGAGCCGAACGAGCUCGAGCCGAGCUCGAGCCGAACAUACUAAAAGCUCGGCUCGAGCUCGUUUACUUAACGAACAAUUUUUUGUGUUCGAGCUCGAGCUCGUUAACUUAACGAGCCGAGCCGAACGAGCUCUUAACGAGCCGAGCUCGAGCUUGUUCGCGAACAGCUCGGUUCGUUAAACAGCCCUAUUUGUUAGUAGCAAUGUUGAAUACUAGUUUAUUUAUAAUUUUUUUUAAUCUAAAAUAACUUCUCGAUUAAGUUCCUCUUCGCGGUGUAUAACAUCUUUCUAAUUUUCUUUACAUAUUUACAAACACACACACACACAUAUUAUAACUGAUCAUAAAAGUUAAUAUAUUUUUUACUCGUCCUAGCAUGCUUCUUUAGUCAUAAGCCAUCUUUUCACAUUUGAUUUUCACCUACUUUGAUAAGCUAUCCCAUUAGUUCUUCAGGACCGAUCUUUGUAUAUCCCAGCAUUGAGCUCUAGUGGAAACAUAGCAAUUAGCCAAUUAGAGAUUGGGUGGCAUUCCCCUACUGCUGGAUGGUGUUGGUAGAUUCUCAGCCAUAUCGGGAUUCAUCCCGAUGCUGCCAAGAGCAAAUGCUACUACAGUAAUGUUCCUGUUCAAAUUAUUUGAUAUAACCGUGAAAACAGGUUUCUCUUGGGAAGAACUGCCGGCCACUUAUCUGGGCUUGCCCCUCAUCUCUCGUGCUCUAAACAAAUCAACAUCUCGAGCUCUGUUCCUAAAAUUUAACGAAAAAUUGCAGCACUUGACAACCAUAUUUCUGAGCUUCGCAGGAAGGUUACAGCUCAUAAACGCUGUACUAAGGAUAUACAAUCAACAGGUGUCAAAAUUUUGCGGUGAGGUACCAAUACAACUCGAUGUCACUGGAAGGUUGAACAGAUUACAUACCAGAGCCAAAUUGUGAUAAUCAUCAAAGUGAUCCUUUCUUCUUCAACCAGUACAAUCCGAGGGUCAGUAAUGUCCAUCGCUCUUGGCAGGAGUGUCAUUCUCACACAGUUAUGAAGAUUACUAUCACCAUCAAUUAAUAUGCUGCUUUUUGUAGGCCGUUUUCCCGAGAAAAUUUCUAUAAGAAGAAUGCCAUAACUAUACACAUCUCCCUCCCACCCAUUCCAUGCUCUGCACAUUUAAAGUGUCAAGAUAUUGGCAAAAAAAUUAAUUUACAAUACCAAGGAGUAAUGCUAAAUAUUAAUGGUUGAACUCAUUUCUGUUCGACUGAUGUCGUUUGUAGCAACAUAAAUUCCAAUGGAAAUGCUCCAAGGUUUAGAAGGA